UUCAAAUUAUUAGAAUUUUAAAAAUAUGGAAUUUAGCAUUAAUAAAUUUACGAGAUCACUUUUAUGGAACCUAUUAAAAUCGAAAAAUAAAUUUAAUGUAAGAUAUUCUUCGCAACAUUUCAAGAUAGAUGAUAAUAUUUUUGGAUUAAAUGAACAACAGAAAGAGCUUCGGCAAUUAGUAUUUAAUUUUGCACAAAAGGAACUUGCUCCAAAAGCGGCCGAAAUUGAUAAGAAGAAUAAUUUCGAUGAACUUCGAGAGUUUUGGAAGAAACUUGGCGAAUUAGGUUUAUUAGGAAUAACAACAAAAUCGGAAUACGGUGGAACAGGUGGUACAUAUUUAGAUAAUGUUAUUAUUAUAGAGGAAUUGAGUAGAGCAUCAGCAGCCAUAGGUCUUAGCUAUGGCGCCCAUUCAAAUUUGUGUAUUAAUCAAAUCCACAAAAAUGGAACGGAAGAACAAAAAUAUAAAUAUUUACCAAAGUUAUGUAGCGGAGAACAUAUCGGAGCCCUUGCGAUGUCAGAAUCGACAUCCGGAUCUGAUGUAAUUUCUAUGAAAUUGCGAGCUCAAAAAAUAAGUGAUUAUUAUGUGUUAAACGGUCAUAAAUUUUGGAUUACGAAUGGUCCUGACGCUGAUAUUUUUAUUGUUUAUGCAAAAACGAAUCCAAAUGCGACUAAACCACAACACGGUAUCACAGCAUUUAUCGUAGAACGAGGUUUUGAAGGUUUUAGUACAGCUGAAAAGUUAAAUAAACUAGGUAUGCGAGGUUCUAACACUGGUGAACUUGUGUUCCAGGAUUGUAAAGUGCCUGCUAAAAAUGUACUCGGACAAAUAAACAAAGGUAUUUAUGUGCUAUUUAGUGGUCUAGAUUUGGAACGUAUGACGUUAGCAGCAGGUCCUUUAGGGCUUAUCCAGGCUUGUUGCGAUGUGACAUUUGACUAUGCUCAUAUGAGAAAACAAUUUGGAAAACGAAUAGCAGAAUUUCAGAUGAUACAAGAAAAAAUAGCAAAUAUGUAUACGAGUUUAAGCGCUUGUAGAAGUUACUUGUACGCUGUCGCUAGAUCUUGCGACGCAGGACACAUAAACCGGAAGGAUUGUGCUGCGGUAAUACUUUACAUUGCCGAGUGUGCAACUAAAACUGCGUUAGAUGCAAUUCAAAUACUCGGUGGAAAUGGCUACAUAAAUGAUUAUCCUACUGGAAGAUUUCUAAGGGAUGCUAAAUUAUAUGAAAUUGGUGCUGGUACCAGUGAAAUUCGUCGGAUAGUAAUUAGUAAAGCAAUUAGCGAAGAAUAUUUAUAA